AUGACCUUUGUAUCCGUAUGCCCUUUCUGCAUCUCACUAUAUCUUACCUUGGGGGAAAGCGUCAUUUUCCCCCCUUCGGAAGAUUGGGAGGACAGUCAGGUAGUCAGCCUUCCGUCAUUGUUUUCAUCCUUUGCAUCAUGCGCAAAGGCCACAAGGAACGAAACGAGACCAUUGUGGAAAAAGUGCAAGAAAGCCGGUGGCUGGUGGACGAGCACAAGACGGAUCGCGGAGGAAAUGAAGGCUGACAAUGACCGGGGCAUCCCCAAGGAAUGCGGCAGGUACUGCGCACGAGGUACUCCGCAAUCUCUAUUCUUGGGCGAGGCCCUUUCCGCAGGUCUUGGUAUUUUGCAAGUUCGCAACAACUUUGGAGGCUCAAUCCGAGGCAUGGGGGCCAUGUCCCUGAUCAGUGCUGGUCACUGGUCGCCGUCGGGCCAGGCCCAAGCUGGAACUUGGAAAGCCCUACCUGAUUCUGUACACUCUGGUUCGCUUCACGAGUCACCGCACCUGACGAUUCCUGUCUACCCACCCUUUCUUGCUCUUCACUUUCUUCUGCAAAGCUCCGGCAAUGUUUCCGUCAACUCGCCUUUCCAGAUCGCAGGUUUACAGUGCGGCCUUGGCUUGAGGAAAUAUGAACCUUGGAACUGGAAUGGAACGAUUUGGACGAAGAGGUCAUCCGCUGAGCCAUCCCCGCGCGUUAGUCUUGCACCUAACCACACUCACCUUAUUGAUCUGCAAGCGUGGAUGAUUGUUAUUUUUUCUCUCUCGGGUUUUCUUUUCCCCUUCCGCUUCAACAACUCAAAAUUUGCCUCGUCUUCAAUCAACCGAUCGGCGGAAUUGUUUACCUAUCGUCUACGGCUUCCCUUAGGUACAUCAGUGCAGACCAAGAUAUGGGCUCCUCUCCAAGCCAAGUCCAACAUUAACCCCUCACCAACCUUCCUUCGCAUCGAAGACCUGCCACUCGCUGCAUCAACUUAG